AUGGGUGUCACCAAGGAAAUCAAGGCCGCCGGCAACGGUGCCGACUUCCCCAAGAAGGGUGAUUUCGUCACCAUCCACUACACCGGUACCCUCGCCAACGGCGAUAAGUUCGACAGCUCUGUCGACCGGGGUAGCCCCUUCCAGUGCCAGAUCGGUACUGGCCGUGUCAUCAAGGGCUGGGAUGAGGGUGUUCCCCAGAUGAGCCUGGGCGAGAAGGCUGUUCUGACCAUCACUCCUGACUACGGUUACGGUGCUAGCGGCUUCCCUCCCGUCAUCCCCGGCAACUCCACCCUCAUCUUUGAGGUCCAGCUCCUCGGUAUCAACAACAAGAGGGCUUAG